AUGUCUGACGUCCCUCCAGAGCAUUACCCUGCCUCGCGCGACGACCGCAUCACGAGGACCAGGGGUCUGGAGGCGUCGUCGAAUUCGAACCCGCCCACGAACUUCGCGGAGGAAGGCCAUAGGUUGACCGACGCAAGCCUACCCAACCACGCGUCUCAAAACUCUAUUUGCUGCACCAUCGACGAGUUGGGUCUCGAAGAAAUCGAGGGUGAUAAAAUGUACGGCCAACUAUUGGCUAAACGGCUUUUCACCCGAGACGAGCGCGAUGAGACAGACCCUACAGGAUCACGGUAUAUCUACGGCCCUAUUUCUACGCUUUAUCGAAGUCCGAAUGAAUAG